AUGGCUUCUUCCUCUGUCCCUGCUUCCGAGGCAGCCGUUUCAAAGACCGAGAGUGGUACGGAAGGUCUGCUGGACGUCUCUGCAUUGAGGGAGCUGGGAAGGAAAGCGCUGGUGGACGCUCUCAACUCUGUGAAUGGCGCGAAGACGUUGGUGCUAGACCCCACACUCGCUGGACCUUUGGGACUCGUAACGGAGGUCUCCCUGCUGAAGCACCAUGGGGUAGACAAGAUGUUCUGGCUGGAGCCGGGUCCGCUUUCGGCAACGUCGACGAAUGUCGUCUACCUGUGCCGGCCGCUCAUAAAGUGGAUCAAGAUUGUGGCAGACCAGAUCAAGAGACAUGCUAGGGAGCUCCAGAAGCACACGUAUACGCUGCUCCUGGUGCCCCGUACAUCCACCCUUGUCACCCGGAUACUUGAAGAAGAGGGUGUCCUCGGCGACAUCACCGUAUCCUUCUAUAACCUGCAGUUCAUCCCCUUGGCAGAGGACGUAAUCUCACUUGAGAACGACAACGCGUUCAAGGAGAUUUGGGUGAACGGAGACGAAAGUGUCAUCUAUGAUUCUGCGCAAGCUCUCCUAACCCUCGAGAAGCUGCACGGAUUGUUCCCUCGAAUUAUCGGGAAAGGGGACCAUGCCGCACGACUUGCAAACCUUCUCGUCAAGAAUACCCCUUCAGCCUCUGCGGCGGGGGAAACGAACCUGGGUGCACCUUCCGAAACGAUAGACUCGCUAAUCAUCUUGGAUCGGCGGGUCGACAUGAUCUCCCCUCUCCUCACGCAGCUCACGUACGAGGGUCUCGUGGACGAGUUGAUCGGUAUCAAGAACUCACAUGUUGAAGUUCCCGCGUCCCUGGUUGCACCACCGUCUCAGUCGAACCAGCCAGACGCGGGUGCUGCUUCCACGUCUACCCCGGCGGCAGCGAUACUAAAGGAGAAGAAGAAGAAACACCACCUCGCCACGACCACGGACCCACUCUUUGCGGAACUGCGCGACCUGAACUUCUCGGCUGUGGGGAAAAAGUUAAACCAAGUCGCGCGCAGGCUUGAUGAAGAUUACAAGCUCAGACAUCAGGCGAACACCGUGACUCAACUCAAGGAAUUCGUGGGCAAGUUGGGUGGACUGCAGAGUGAUCAUCAGUCAUUGAGGCUGCACACCGGCUUGACUGAGAUGAUGGUGCCAAUGACGAAGACGGAUGAGUUCGAUAAGUCGUUGGAGAUUCAGCAGAACUUGCUUGCGCUCUACGAUACCAACGUGCAAAUCUCCGCGAUCGAGGAAUUGGUUGCCCAGGGUGCAGACAUGCGGACAGUAGUGCGAUUGCUCUGUCUUGCGAGCAUCGUAUUAGGAGGCAUCAAAGGGAAGUCACUGGAAAAUCUGAAGCGUGAAAUAUUGCAGGCGUACGGGUACAACCACUUGCCCCUCCUUCUGUCGCUAGCGGCGCCGCCUCUUUCCAUUCUACUUCCCAACCCCCUGCCCCCAAAUGCUUCCCCCUCAAUUGCCGACUCCAAGUAUCCAUAUGCCAACCUGCGCAAGCAGCUUCGGCUGCUGAUCGAGGACGCGGACCCGAUGGAGGAGCUCGAGAACGACAUCAGCUACGUGUACUCGGGCUACGCGCCCAUCUCGGUCCGCCUCGUCCAGUGCGUGGCGCAGAAGGGUGGCGUACUGAGCAACCCGGCGUCGGAUAAGAAGGAGAAGAAGGCCAGCAAUGUCGCUGGGUCCAUCGCGGACGGCGACAGCUCGCGCAGGAGCGGCGCUACUCCACUUGUGCAAGCGCAUCCGAUCGUAGGCUGGAAGGGCUUCGAGGACGUACUCGCGUCGAUCCCGGGCGAGACGUUCGACAUCUUGCAGAGAAUACCUCAAGGCCAGGACGCGUCCGCGGUCCCCCCCGCGGCGAGUUUAAUGCUUCCAAGGGACCGACCGACGACGACGGUCGUCUUCUUCCUUGGGGGCUGCACGUACACGGAGAUUGCGGCGCUGCGGUGGGUUGGGCGGCAGAACAAAGGCCGCAAGUUCCUGGUAGCAACGACGGGAAUCAUCAGCGGGAACAGCAUCGUUGACAGCAUCGUAGGGACGACUGGCGUGAUGGCGAAAGACGUCGGAUUGUAG